CUGACCCUCCCAACUCUGUGCGAGAUCUGGCCAGUUACUCAUGAGAAUAUUCUAUCUCAGUUCACUCACUAAAAGGACGCGAGUCGUCUUGUGGUGACGUCAGUAGAGGUUGAUUUCAACUAGAUUUGCUACUGUCUUUGUUCAAUGAUGAUUCUGUUGCGUAAUUACAAUUAUAACCUGAAAUUGUUUCAUACCGUAGUCUUGACAUUGUGUAUUCACUGUUCUUCCUUUCGCGUUCUUCAUCAUGAUGCUAUUCGUCACAGCCAAGCUUCUCUUCCGGUCGGUAUAGAAGAAUUUGCAGUCAGAAUGCCAAAUGUUCAACCGCUUAGAAAAGAUGCCUACGUUUGCUCAUCACACAAGGUUCCGCAUUCUGACACGAAGAAGUACAUUGUUGGCUAUGUACCCCAUGCGAGCGAGGCGACUGCCCAUCACAUGCUGCUGUUUGGAUGCACAGCACCUUACGCGAAAGGAUGGUGGAAUUGCGGUGAUAUGGGAAGACCCUGUUCAUCGAGAUCUCCAAUUUUGUUUGGUUGGGCAAAGAAUGCUCCGGGAAUUGUGAUGCCACCUGGUGUGGGUUUUGCUGUGGGUGGAGACACGGGGAUAAACUAUUUUGUGUUGCAAAUUCAUUAUGGACAUGUUGAUCCAUUCAAGAAAGGUGGAACGGAUAAUUCUGGGUUGACGUUACGCUUGACUGAGAAUAGCAUGCCAAACUUAGCAGCAAUCUAUCUCCUGUAUGCUGGUAGUGCACAUAUCAAAGCUUACUCAAACAAGUCUACAGUUGAAAUUGCAUGUCGAUAUCAUGGACCUGCAAUGCAUCCGUUUGCAUUUCGUGUUCACGCUCAUACUUUGGGUAAGACAAUAUUGGCAUACAGAGUUCGAGAUAAUCAUUGGAGUAAGAUAGCAGCUGGCAACCCACAGAAUCCACAGGCAUUUUAUCCAUUGAGCGGUGCUCCAGUCAUUGAGGACAAUGACACAAUUGCAGCACGGUGUGAAUUUGAUGCUUCUGAUCGUGAUCAAGACACACAUAUUGGAGCUACUGGACACGAUGAAAUGUGCAACUUUUACAUGAUGUUUUAUAGUGCAGCAUCCGAGCUUACAAUCGAUUUGUUUAAAGAAUGUGGACAUGAUGGGAGGUUUGUAUGGAGCAAUUUCAAUAUGUCAGAGGCCGUAGGAUAUGAUGACUUUCGAAGUACUUUGCCACCUUUGCCACAGAGUAGGAACCAGAGUGCUGUUGGAUUAGAACCUUCUUCUAGUACAGUUUCAGUAACAUCAUCUGAAGAAGACAUUGAUUGGCACACAAUUCAUGACAAAAUACCCGCAACAGCAGAACCUGAGUUUGAUGAUACAGUGGCUGUUGAGGAUUCUCAUGUGAAUGAGAAUGAUGUCGACAACGAUGCAGAAGAUGAUGGUGAUGAUGAUGGCAAUAACCAUGAUGAUGUUCAGUCUCAUUUAGUUAUGCAACUGUGGCCACAUGGAGUGCAAGGCCCUGGACAUGUUGCAAUUCCAUUUGGGGAAUUGGGUCAAGUGAGUGGUGUAGAUGUAAAUGGUUCAGGAAUGGUGUACGUCUUCCACAGAGGUCCACGUGUCUGGGACUAUAAGUCUUUCAACUAUAACAAUGUCUUUAUACAGAAAUCAGAAGGUGCUAUUGCUGUUCCUACUGUUCUGGUUCUUGAUAGUGAAAAUGGGAGCAUCGUAGACAAAUGGGGACAGAACAGGUUCUAUAUGCCUCAUGGUUUGACACUAGACAGUGCAGGCAACGUUUGGCUUACCGAUGUUGCAAUGCAUCAAGUCUUUAAAUUUUCAGCUACUGGAGGAAAUGAACCCAUUCUGGAGCUGGGAGAACCAUUUGUUCCCGGAUCUGAUCAAAAUCAUUUUUGCAAACCAGCAGAUGUUGCUGUUUUAAGCACAGGAGAUUUUUUUGUAGCUGAUGGGUAUUGCAAUGAAAGGAUAGUUCGUUUUCAUUCAGAUGGUCGUUAUGAUACAGAAUGGAGUGCUGAAGGCACAGGCAAUUACUUUCCUGGUGUGUCAUUGUCUGGGAGUUCUUAUUUUCACGUUCCACACUCUUUGGCAUUGCAUAAUCAGUACAAUGUGGUGUGUGUGGCUGAUCGUGAGAAUGGACGUAUAUUGUGCUAUCGUUCUGAUACCGGCAAGUUUGUUACUGAGUUCAGUCACAACUUUGGUGGAAAGGUGUAUGCUAUAGCUUUCAAUGACGAUGAUGCUGUGUUAUAUGCCGUGAAUGGAGGAGAUGCUACGAAAGUGAAAGGUUUCACCAUCAAUGUUGACCAUGGCAUUAUAGAUACAUGGAACUCAAAGCAGGAGAAGUUUGAUCGGCCACAUGACAUAGCAGUAGGAGCAGAUGGUUCUGUCUAUGUAGCAGAAAUAGGUCCAAACAGAGUUUGGAAGUUUAUUCCCAUUUCUGGGCUCCAGACAACAGAAUCGUCAGUCAAUAAUGUGGAUUCAUCUGAACAUGUACACAAAACAAUAGAGGGAUCACAUGCAAUAACUGGUCAAAGCACUACUGUCACAUCAUUUGUUACGUCUCAACCUGUAACACCAUCUGUAAAACCAUCUGUAAAACAAGUAGCGACAGUGCAAGGUACCGUUGGCAGUUUUUCUUCACUGCAAGUCAGUGCUACAAGUAAACCUCCACUGACUUCAUCUGCUGGGCAUUUACUGAACUCAACAAUAACUACCAUACCAGUAUCAGAGGCCUCUCUAGACACUGACCAAAAUGGUUUGAAUCACAGUGUCAGCAAGAUACAGAAUUCAAAUGGACAAGUAAACCGCAACUCAUCGUCAUCAAACGAAGGGUUUCACACUAGUCUGCUGCCAAUCAUCCUUGUAUCAUGCUUGGUAGCAGUUCCUUUAAUUCUUCUUGUUGUGCUUGCGCUGGCUCGACGAUUUCCUGGUGUUAAUCUUAGAGGCUACAAAAAGGAGAUUGAGAAGUUCAGUAAGACUUCUUAUGAUCUUAUUAAACAGGAGGAUUACGAUUCAGAGUAGACGGUUGUUGGUGUGGUUAUGUAUAUAGAUUCAGCUGGUAUAAUCUGAUCAAAAUACAGUAGAAUGUAUUGCUGUUC